ACCAAAUAUUGAAUCAAUUAUAUCCGAAUAGUUGUUAUGUUCAACACAGAGGGGUGAACACCUUAGAUCCGCCAUUAGAGUGUAGUGUUCCGUCUUUCAUGUAUUAAUAGUUUUAAGUUUAAUUUGGGAUAAAUUGUGAUGAAUUUCAAUAAAAAUGCAGGUGUAAUUUUGGGAAUAUUUUUGUGAACAUAUCGUUAAAUGACAAAAUGUAUCGGCGUAACGGACCACCAUCUCGAAAGGAGAUGGAAACCCCUCGUUUAGAACUAAAUGUAUGGAGGGAACCCCGAGAAGAUGGCUGGGAACACACUAGGGUAGAAUUAAUGGAUCUGCACGACCACCAUGUUCACGGUAUAAAUUGUGGAUGUUUCCCGAAAACCAGCAAUAGUUUUAUUCCUUCCAUGAUCUACGACGAUGUGCGCUGUCCCCAUUACGAGAACGAAAAUCUUAUCCAACCCGGACAGCAACAGAUGCUGGCGUAUCCAUGGACGGUUCAGACGUACGCACCACCUCGGGAUUUGUAUGGGAGAGAAGCCAGGGGUUCCAGUAAGAUGUCCAUCGGAUCCUUUUACCGGACACCCUCAGUUCAGUCAGCACCAGCGAAGGUUCUAGAUCGACCAACAGAAUCUGCUUCCCUGAAGAAACGAAAACCACAUGCACCGUUCACGGCGCCGGAUAAACGCGACCGUAAAUUCCAACCACCAGCAUCAGCAGAUUCAUAUAAAUCGCAACAACGUAUUGCGGUCACUCCCAAUGUAACGACAGCUGACGGAGACGAUUAUUCUAUCAUGAAUCCUGAAAUCAACGACCCCGACAAACCUUUAGUGACGCAAUUUGAUAGUGUUAGUCAAGUUGCUACGAUAGGUCGCCAUGAUUUGGGGGAUUUUAAACAACCUAGAGAUAGAAAGCAGAGGGGUCCACGCCUUGACAGACAAUUUAUGUUAACUCCUCCGCGACCAGCUCUCUCUACACCAGACCCGAGACCAAACAGUAUCACUAGUAGUUUUAAAAAUAGUCCAAGAAGAAUAUUUACAGGACAAUAUGUGGAUCCAAGAAGUGGUCAUAAAUAUGAAUACGACAUUAAAUAUAAAAAACACAACGUACAGGGUAACAGGAAAAAAGUUCUAGCCGCUUUUUAAUGGAUAUUUUAUAAAAGUCUGAACUGGUUUAAAUAAAUUGAACUGAUCAUCAGAAGAUGAGUUCUUUUGACAACGGCCUUGGCCUGUCUAAGAGAAAUAACCAAUUAAGUGAGUUGUGUAUGCACUUGUAUUUGAGAUUUGAUCACAUGCAAUUUUUAACAUGAUAUCUUUAAAGAUGUAACCACGUGAACCUGUGUUGAAGACUCUUCUACAACGUAAUUAAUUGAAGGGUUGUGUGAGAUUUUUCUAGAGAUGAUAUCAAGUGGACAUUUGUGUGAGAUUUUUCUAGAGAUGUAAUCAAGUGGACAUUUGUGUGAGCCAUUUUUAGAGUUUUGUUUUGGAGUGAAUAGAGGAGAGCAGCCUUUCCAUUAGCGUGGUUAACUACAUAAUUUUUCGUCGGAUCUUCAGAUGUGAUUCUAUAUAUUUUAUGAAACUAAUUAUGUCAAUUUAGACGAUAAAUUGAACUAUAACAUAUGAAUAUUUUAACAUGUAAUUUAAAAUUUAAGUACAUGUCAUUACAAACAUUAUACAUGAUUAUACAAAUAAUAAUUACAUACUUUG